GAACAGGCUCCUGUGCUCUGUUUGUCUGUUAAUCCCUACUAUUCUCUCCUAGACUGUGAAAGAUUUGGAAAGUAAAGUCUGUUUGCAUCUAAUUCAAAGUUCAUUCGACCCCAAAACGCCUACUCAUGGUGGUGAGGGGUGGGUGGAGAGAUAUCUCUGCGCCUUCACCUUAAACGUCAGAAAUCUUUCAUUCACAUCUAGUUCCUGGGACAUAAAUCUGUUCGCUGUUACUGCAAACCACCGAAGGGACUGUCGCUCAAUUACACCACACGGUUUCGAACAUUUAAAGCGUCUCCCGAUCGACUUUGGAAGAAGGGCCGUUUUGGGAAAAGCCGGGAGUUGUUCAGAGUUCAAGUGAGCUCGACUCAAUCCAGGAGGACAGGGAGCUGGAGGCUGAGUUUGCAAAAAGGCGGACAAAAACAAAAAGCGGGUAGAUUUUGGCACGGUGCCUCAUGGGAAGUUAUACUUUUCAAGUGCUCUCGAUGUCAAAUGAGUUGAAUUCUUCCGGCCGCAGACACACACAAAUGGCAAUGCAAUUGCACUGAGCUGGAAAUGUGCAAACCUCUAUAGCGACUUGUGGCAGUGAGACACAGAGGGCCCCCCAGCCUGCUCAGCAGGUGAGACGCUGCUAAGAUGUACCUCUGCGCUUUUGAGAAGCUUUUAAAGCACGUUUUUCUCCAACCAUGGACUGUGACUUGUGAGAUAGCCAGUGUUGAAGGGAGACGAGACCUCCCCAUCAUGGUUUAACUGAGAGGUUGUUUCUCUUCAGUUUGUUUUUGAAAUCUCUCUCGCGUUUUCUCGUUCCUUUCAUCGAGGGGCGGGACGGGGAGAGGGGAGAAAUGUCUUUCUUAAGCUUCAUGAAACUUUUUAAACUGGGUCUGGACAAGAAGAAGGUGAAACAGUACCAACACGUGAGGAGAGAUGUGGAUCCUGAAAGUGUCUGGAAAGUCAUUGGAGAGCUGGGAGACGGGGCCUUUGGCAAAGUUCUCAAGGCGCAGAACAGGGAGACCAGGGCCAUUGCAGCUGCCAAGGUGAUUGGCUCACUGGAUGAGGAGGAGCUCGAAGAUUACAUGGUGGAAAUUGAGAUUCUGGCCUCGUGUGAUCACCCCAACAUUGUUAAACUCCUCGAUGCCUUCUACUAUGGGAACAGCCUUUGGAUUCUCAUCGAGUUUUGUCCUGGCGGGGCUGUGGAUGCCAUAAUGUUGGAGCUGGAGAGAGGGUUGACAGAGCCACAGAUUCGUGUGAUUUGCAGACAGACCCUUGAAGCCCUUCACUACCUGCACAGUAACAAGGUGAUACAUCGGGACCUGAAGGCUGGAAAUAUCCUUCUGACGUUGGACGGAGACAUCAAGCUAGCUGACUUUGGAGUAUCGGCAAAGAAUGCACAUACCAUGCAACGGAGAGCGUCAUUCAUCGGGACACCUUACUGGAUGGCCCCUGAGGUUGUCCAGUGUGAGACUUCAAAGGAUGCACCUUACGACCAUAAGGCCGAUGUCUGGUCUCUGGGAAUCACGCUGAUUGAGUUGGCGGAGAUGGAGCCACCACACCAUGAGCUGAACCCCAUGCGGGUCCUCCUGAAGAUCACCAAGGCGCCCCCUCCGACUCUGUCCCAACCUUCUCGAUGGUCACCAGAUUUUAAGGAUUUCUUACGAAAAGCUUUGGAAAGAAAUGUCGACGUGCGAUGGUGUGUAAAGCAGCUUCUCCAGCACCCUUUUGUAGCCGCGGUGGCCAGCAACAAGCCAAUCCGAGAGCUGAUAGCCGAAGCCAAGGCCGAGGUGAUGGAGGAGAUCGAGGAAGGCAAGGAUGACAAUGAUGAUCAUACGGAGGCUCUGGCAAACCAGCUGGGUUCUGAUAGUGCAAUCAACAUAGAGGACCAGUCUCCAAUGGACCUCACCAAGACACCUCUGGAGGAAGAGACAAGAAGCAAGGAGCCUGUGGCUCAGGGCCGGACUGGCAGCCCCACCUUGGGCAGCACAGACGAGUCAGCAGAACCUUCGGCCGCUAACACUGAGUCGGGGACGGUCACGGAAAGCGAGGAACUCACAGUGCUGGAUGGCAGCCUCGGUGAGGCUGAGGAGGAAAUGGCUGGGGAGCUCCAGUCGGAGACCUCAGCCGUAAGAUCCGAUCUCACGGACGGUGCUCGAAGAGCCGAUGAGCUUCUGGCGAGCCCACCAGGAGAAACCGGGCCGGACGGAAAGGAUCGCAGUGCUCACCUGAGUGAGGCGGAGCUGAAGGCCGCCAACCCCAGCAAUGCUAGUGAGGGAUCUGAGCCUGUGGCAAACAAAGAACGGGGAGCAGACUUGGAAGCCCCUGGGCUCACACCAGCUGAAGACUCCACCGAUGAAGUGAUCGAACCGGGACUGAACGAUGAAGAGCUGAGGACGAGCAAUGAAAACGCAAGUACAGGACCUACCAGCCCAACACCUUCAGGAGGAGAGGCGACAGCAGAGGUGGAGAUGCCAACAGCAUUAUUUGGGAAGACAGAAAGUGAGGAGGACGGUAUGGACGGCCCAUUGAUAGAAGCCACAGAAUCGGCGGAGGAUCCUCCAGUAGCAGAUAUCCACCCUGGGAGGAGCCCAACAGGUCUGGAGCCUGUUGGAGCACUUGAAGAUAUUAGUGAAGCGCCAACACCAGGAGAGACCCCCUUGUGCCCCUUUGAACCCGGGAAGGCUGAAACCAGAGCAAUGGAUCAGGGCACUUCCUAUGUGGAAGGUGAAACCUUCUCUGUUGCAGAAGGAGCAGAGACUUUCCAAGGUUGCCAAGUCAGUGGGCAGGAUCUGAAGGAAGAAACAUCAAUCACUUGCACACAGUCCCCUAAUGAGAAGGGUCCACACCAACAGGAUGCUGCACUGCUGUCCGACAAGGUUGCAAGGAUUGAUGGGGAAAAUGCUGAGUUGUUGCCAUGUGUGUGCAUGGAGCCUGCAGCUGGUGUGCUGGAAGACACGAUAGCGGAAGAAUUUGUUUUCGAGGAAGCAAGUGACAGCCUGCCCGAUUCCAUCCUGAUGGUGGAAAUGACCGGGGCGCCGUCCUCAGGUCUCAUGCCGAGUAGUGGCAGCGGAGAGUCGACUGAAUCGCUUCAGUUCGAAGAGGCAGGGAGUCACUUGGUGGAGAUUGCAGACGUGGGAGAGGCUUCAACGGAGAAGAUGGCGGUGGCGGAGAGAAGUGAAGGGAGCAUCACGGCUGAAGGACCCAAGCCAGUCAAGUGUGAAGAACAGAUGGAGCCUCAAACUGAAGACCAGCCACGAGCUGACGAUGAGGAUAUCACAGAGGGGGGAUGUGACGGUCUAACUGAAGCUGAGGAAGCUUCGUGCAGCCGGAGCGAUGAUGUCGCCAUUGCAACCUGCGUUGUCAAUGAACUCAUCAACCGGGUGGUGGCUGAUGAACGGGGAUGGGAGGCACACAGCACGGAAGAGAAGGGAGUCACGUCCGGCCUCCUGAAAGACACAGGCUCCUUCAGCAGCACAGACUUUGUUGAAGAGGCGGACAGUUCGGGCGAGGGGACCAAAGCUUCAGCUGAGGGAGGACUGGGAGAUGAAUGUGUGGACUGUGAGGAGGAAUCCGCUGAUAACCAGGGAGAACAGCAGGAGAACCAGCCAAGAGACGAGGCUGAGAUCGGCAACGUCUCGCCUGGCGAAGAUACUCCAGACCGCCAAGUCCCACCGACACAGAUUCUCGGUCCAGCCAUUGCCAAGGAAACAGGAAGGUUCGAAGCGAACGGCCUGACUGCCCUGAAACGAGAAGCACACUGUCCGCCUGCUGGUAUUCAUACUCUGGCUGACCAAUCGCAAGAAGUGGAGUUCCGGGAGAGGAGACGUUCCUAUCCAUUUGCUGCUGAAGAAUUCGAAUCAAAUGAAUUCCCCCCUUGCUCUGGUGCAGUGUUUUCCAAACAGAUGCAGUGUGACCUGUUCGAGGACCAAGAUCGGCCCACCCUACGGAAGACGUUGAAGAAAACCCGGACAUUCAUGGUAGACGGCGUGGAGGUCAGCGUCACAACCUCGAAGGUGGUCAGCGAGGAUGACAAGAAGGACCGAGACAUGCGGUCAGCCAGGCGACAGGAGCUACGGGAACUCCGACUCUUGCAGAAAGAGGAGCAGCGUCUGCAAAGCCAACUCGACCAGAAGCUGCAGCAACAACGCGAGCACAUGAUCCGCCAAAUUGAGCAGGAAAUGAUGGUGAGCCGGACAGCGGGAUUUCAAAACUCAAAAACCCUAACUUCAAAACAAAUGACAUUAAGAUCUAUUUGUACAUAUAUCUCAAAGUCUGCAUCACUAGGGUUACUUUUGCGUCAUUCCCAGGAACAAGAAUUCAUCCAGAAGCAACAACAGGAGCUGAAUGAGAGACUUCAAAUGAUUGUUCAGGAACGGAAGACCAAAAUAUCCUCCACAGACUUUGAGCGGCUGAUGAGGGGACAGCAGCUCAAGAGAGAGCGUGAGGCAGUGGUCUGGGAUGUGGAGCAGCGCCACCUCCAGGAAAAAUACUAUCUAUUCAAGCAGCAGGUCAAGGAGCAGUGCUCACUGCAGAGGCAGCUGUUGUUAAAGCGACACGACAAGGAGACAGAGAGAAUGGCCCACGACCACGGCAACCUCCUCGAGGACCUGAGGAACCAGCAGGCACAGGAGAGGGCCCGACUGCCAAAGAUGCAGCGCCAGGAUGCCAAGGCCAGGCUGAACCUCUUCAAGCAGAGCCUGAAGAUCAAGGCUGUUGGCGCGGUGGAGCAGAGGGAACUCGUCAAACAGUUUCUACUUCAGGAAGAGGUUCGUCAGAAAGAGGAGAGGCAACAGCAGCAGCAAAAACACGAGGUUCACCUCCAGGAGCUGCAGAGGCAGUGUGACAGCAACAUGGCGGAGUUACAGCACCUUCAGAGUGAGAAACUGAGCCUCUUGGUCAGUCGGGAGCGAGAGAAGUUGAAGACUCUCGAUGAGGAACACACGAUGGAACUGAAGGAAUGGAGGGAGAGGCUUGUAUCUCGCAAAGAGAUCCUCGAGGAAGAGCUUACACGUAAACGCCAGCAGCAGGAGGUCACUUCCCGGCGGAGCAGCGAGCCAGACACCACCAAAUCCUCGCUGCACAGGAUCUCCCGGUUCUUCCCCCUCCCCAGCUUCCCGUCAUAGGCAGCCUCUGGACACUAACUCGCACGCUGCCGCUGGAGGAUAAAUGGAGGCCUUCGGUGUCCGGGUAACGAACCCCAACAAUGGGUGGAAGGCUGGUGUUGUGGUAAUGGGAUGGUAAUCCAGACGCCAUGGUUCAUGCCUGGGGAACAGGGGGUUCGAAUCCCAGCAGAGCGUCAAGUGGCCCUUCCAAUCAAUAAAUGUGAAAUUGAAAGCGAGUCUGACCUUCCCUCCAUCGUAAGGUCGGAAGUGGGAAUGUUCAGCACCAUUCACCAUUCCUCAGACACUGAAGCAGUCCAAGUUUAAAUACAAGAUAAAAUCCAGCCUUGGCCUGACAAGUGGCAAGUAACAUUCGCACCACACAAGUGCCAGGCAAUGAACACAAGUGCCAGGUAAGAGAGAAUCUAACCACCGCCCCUUGACAUUCAAUGGUGUUAACAUCACUGAAUCACCCCCCCCAUUAUCAAAUUCUGGGGGUUAUCAGUGAUCAGAAACUCAACUGGACCAGCCCCACAUAAACACAGUGGCUACAAGAGCAGGUGAGAUGCUCAGAAUUCUGGAGCAUGUAACUCCCUAAAGCCUGUCCACCAUUGACUAGACACAAGUCUGGAGCGUGUGAUGGAAUAUUCCACGCUUGGCCUGGAUGGGGGCCGUUCCAACAACACUCAAGAAGCUCGACACCAUCCAAGACAAAGCAGCCCCCGCUUGAUUGGCAUCACACCCAUAAAC